UGCAAAAAUUGUAUGAACCUUGCCAAUGCAAAAAGAACCUACUUUGUGGCUGUAGAUUGUACCGAAACCUGCUUUGUGGGAAGCUGUUUUGUGGGGCUAUUCUGUGCAUAGCCCACUACGCACAUCCCUUUUGGUUUGAAGACGUUUUUAAUUUGAUGUUAGCAUAUUGAUGCUUUGAUGUGGUCUGCGACGGAAGAGUUCUGACAGUGCCCGGUGUUCACAAGCGAGAUUGGGAAAGUGAUAGUAGAUCUAUAUAAGAGACUUCUGACGGCAUGGCGGCAGUGUCAGGUCAGGCCAAGCCAGCCCCAAUGACAACGGAGCGAAUCCAAGAAAUGCUUGAAGAAAACUUCAAGUUUAUCAAGGCACUCGCCGAACAGCAAAACCUUGGUCGAAUGCAGGACGUCAUCCAGUUCCAGCAGAAGCUUCAAGAAAACCUUAUGCUACUAGCAGCUGUGGCGGACACCUACUCAUCAGCGUCUGCAACGGGAGCUGCUGCCCAGGCGCCUACGCAACUGGCGGCCAUGCAACUCACGCAGCAGCAGAUACAAGCUGCGGUACAGCAAGCGCUAGUCCGACAGCAGCAGCAGCAACAACAACAGCAGCAGCAAAAUCCAAAUCCGUUUCAGGCGCAGCAAUUCCAGCUGCCACAGUCACUUCAGCAGCCGCAGUCCCUGGGACAGCAGCCAGUUCUAAGUGCGAUGGGGGCCCUGGGAGGGCCCUUGGCUGCUCAUGCGAUCUGGCCAGGAUAUGAUAAGUGCGAACAAGGACUGGGCAUUUCUGAAGCCAGGAACGACACCCGGCGUGCUACAGUCCCAACGGGCACGGGCGUGGAACCCGCACCGCAGGCAUACGGCCGCCAUCUGGCGCAUAGCGAUGAGCCAGCUCCAUUGUCCGACGACGUUGUCGCACCUCAUGCCAGCACGGGUACUGCUCAGCGUCAGCGAGAUGAAAGGGAGCGGACGGGGCAGGCGGGACAGCAGAAGAGCAAGCAUAGACCGUUCAGUCCUGGUGCCAAACAGCCGCCGCCGCAGCACCAGCAGCAACAGCAGCAGCAACAGCAGGAGCAACAUCAAGAGCAACAACAGCAGCAACAACAACAGCAACGACAGCCGGAUGUUGUUCACGGCGAAAACCGCUUCCAACAGGCACGGAAGCGGGCGCCGCUGUGGCUGAAUCAGAUGCUGCCCAGCAGAUCGCGACUCAGGCUGGAAGGGUCGCUGCAGGAGGCUGAGCGGCGAUCGGGGGGCAGCAGGCAGCGACGGCAGGACACCGCCGGCCCAGCCACGGCGCCGCCAAGUGUUGCACAUCCGGCUGCGGUGCCUGUCGCUUGCGACCAAAUCGCAGAGCGAAGCUCCUCUGGCGAGGUGGUAGGGCGGACUAUGGCGGCGCGGCAGCUGCGCGACGAGCAGCAUGACGACCUCCCGCACCAGCCCCCUGCCAGCGUAGCGCCUCUAAGUCAGUCGCCCCCGCCGCAGCCACCGCAGCCGUCACCGGAGCUGCAGGGGCCGCGUGGGGACGCAGUCCCCCCGACCGCCGCUGGGGAGCCAGCUUUAGAGACAACCGGACCGCGGGGCCCCGAACUGACUGCAACGCUGCUGGAUCGACAGCGGUCUGGGCGCACCGCCUCUGUCGCUGCCGAUGUUAAAACAUCCGAGGAGGAGCAGCGCCAUGGUCAAGGCGAUGCCGUGCCGCGUUGCAACAUGUCUGAAAUGGAAGGGGAGGAGGGGAGCGCGGCGGCGGCGCCUGCCGCUGCCGCUGCGGGCGUUACGGUGGGAGGAACAAGGGACGCAGCGGCACCUGGCGGGGAUGGGAUUUCCAGGGACAUCCCGGCAGGUUCCACCGACCCGCGCGAGGGACAGCUGCUGGUGGCAUCAGCGGAAUCGGCGCUCCGUGGCACUGUGCCGCGGCGUCAACCGGAGGAGCAGCAGCAACAACAACAGCAACAGCAGCAGGCGGAGAAGCAAACAAAGGAGCAGCUGCAGCAGUCGCAGCUGGACCGCGACGGACUUUCGGUGAGUCAGCAAGACCAGCAGCAGCAGGAAUCUGGUGCCCCACAGCAGCAGCACCCGCGGCGGCGGACACGGGCCGCGGCGGCGCCAGCAUCGGGAGUUCCCCAGCUGGCCUCUGCUCACAUUUGUGGGACACGAAAAUGUACGGCCUUAAAGGCGAGCGGCGGCGGCAUGGGGCACCAUACCGCGCCACCGGCAGCGCCAGCGCGCGACUCCCUUUCGCGGAGCCCUGAUUCGGAGCAGAAGCACGCAGGCCAGAAGGGGGCCAAGGGCCCGGGGAAGCGGCGAAAACCCAAUCCUCCCGAAGAGGCCCCAGCUGCGGACGCGGCCGCUCCUAUUAGCCCGGCUAUUGCGGUUCCGGCUGCUGUGACUGGAAGCCCUGGUGGUAAGAGGGGUGCUGGGCGCGGCGGCCGCAGGAAGACCUCCGCCGCAGAGAGUGAGCCUCCGCAGCGGCCUCUGUCCCCUGCGCAGCGCGGACCGCCUACUGAGGCCCCUGGGCGUGGCGGGGAGGACGGGGAUGCGGAGAAGCCGGCGAAGGACCUGGGGCGCGAGCUUAGGGACGGGCUGAAAGGCGAUCUAUCGGCGGCCGUGAAGGCCUCCCGCAGCCCGGGUUUGGUGUCGGCGUCCCCGGCGAAGGACCAGGCCGCACCGUGCUCGCACAGCAGCGCGGAAAUGGAGAGGCGUUCGGCAGGCCGAGCCAAGUUCCUUAGAGGUGCAUCUCCGCCGCCAGUGAAGCCCGGGGAGCUGCAGCCCCCCAGUGCAACGGCCGCCGCUGGCGCUGACGGGGCCAGGGGCGGCGUAGAGGCUUGUGUCAGCCCUGGGCUGCCCGGUGCCGAGCGUGCGCCCGUGGCAGCUCAGGGUACAGCAGCAGCGGCGGAGGCAGAGGCGAAGACGUCAGCGGCGGCGGCAGGGACGAGGUCCUGCACCGGAGGUGCAGCCGCCAAGCGGUCCCGCGCACAGGCCGUGGAGGAAGACCUCACCUUGGACCCACGGGUCGGUGAUCGGUUAAUGGACGUUCCGCUGGCUAAGCGCGGCGUCGGGAGUCGCAAGCAGCUAGCCGUCCGGGCUGAAGGCAAAGCAGCACUGGAGACUGAGGAGCGGCAUGUGGCCGUACUGAAGGUCAUCGAGGCGACACAGGCUGCGGGGAAAGUAGCGCCGGCGACGACGACAGUGAGGGCUGGGUCCGUACCGACAGCUGAACCUGCGCCGCCAGCUGUGGGCCCGGACGGUCAAACCGCAGGGGCGCACGCCGCGUCGGGCCACGAAAGCACAUCAAAACAGGUGAAGGGGUGCGUGUCUGGUCUAUCGUUACCUGGAACGGCAGGGAAUGUCGGGCCUGUCAUCAGAACGUGUAUGGCGAAUGCGGCAGCACUGGACGCUUCUGCGGCGGAGGCAGAGGUUUCCAUUCCUGCCCCUUCGACGCGGCCCCAACAGCCGCCCUCUAACUCACAGCACGGCGUUCCGUCAACAACCGUCGUCGCGGGGGUGCCGAGUGCUCUGGGGCCGGCAGCUUCGCUGACGGAGGCGGAGAUGGGCUCGAAGAUCCGCCCGUCGCAGCCGGGGGUAUCAGAGGCGGAGCUCGUCUCAACUGCCGCAGCUGCUGCCGCAGCCGGCGCGUCAGUCGCAGCACCGGAGCCCUGCGACAAGGCGGGCGCUACCACUACCACCGGAGCCCCUGCUGGUGCUGACGCUACCAGUGCUGAUCCGGCUGCGGAGGAACACGCUGCUACAGCCCCCGUUGACCCCAGCCCUUCCACAGCGGCCUCAGAUCAAGCGCCGGCAGAGGCCCCAGUGGGCCUUGCGACCGCCGCCGCCGCUGCCACGGCGGCGACGGCAGCAGCUGCAGCGGCAGCACAGCACCGGCCGCAUUCUUCAGGGCCGUCAGUUUGCCCGACAAGGCGAGUACCUGGCUCGCUGAGCCGGGCCAACGAGUCGCUCAUGACGGCAGUCAGGACGCUCGCCCCAGGUCGGGCGGUGCCAACGACGGAGCUUCAGGGAUCGGUUGCAGGUGCCGCCGCCGCCGCCACUGCCCCAGCCGCGGCUUCUGAUCCGGCGAAACCUGAGCGCAGGUACAGGCCAGUGGCGCCCGCGCGCAGGCCGGCUCACACCCGAGCGCCUGCGGGCGACUUGCCUCGCACGCAUGUGGAACUGGCUGCAGUGGCGGCGGCGUGGGCGGCGGCUCAACACAGCAGCAGUGGCGGCGUCAGCGGCGGCGGCGAAGGGCCUGCUGGUGACGUUACGGCCCAGGGCGCAGCUGUCACGGAUGGCAUAGCAGUUGUUGCUGCUGGUGCUGGUGCUGCUACUGAAACUGCUACUGCGACGGCAGCGGCAGUAGGAGCGGCUGCGGCGGCGAUGCCGCCGGCCGCAGUGCAGGAGGGCGCACCGGUGACGGCAGCCCCUGCAGGUGGCCAUGGUGUUUGUCGGGGAGCAGCACAGCAGCCACCUCUCAGUUCAGCGGAUGUGCCGUGCAGUACGGCUCAAGCUGGUGCCAACGCAGCACCCCCGCCGCCGGUGGUGCCCCCGUCAUCGUCCCCCGCCUGCACCCAAAGCCCCGAGGAAAAACUGCACCCCGCUUGGGAGGGUGUGCUUCGGCCGACUGUAGAGGGACCUGAGGGUGCCCAUCCUGACGUUGAUGGAGGAUGCGGCCCGGCAGCAGCUUCUGGGGCAUCCAAUCAUCUGUCGGCGGCAGCAGCCGCUGCCGUGGCGGCGGCGGCGGCGGCGGCGGUUGCCGCCAGCGAUCCCCACAAGCCCGCCAGCGGCAACAACCCCGGCGAGAACACUCCUUCGCGGCCACCGCCGUCAGACACGGCCACAAGCCCGGUACGGCCGUCAGUGCCGGAGGCGGAUAUUAAUUUCUUGGCAGAGCCAAGUGGGAGAGAUGCGCCAGCAGCUGUGGCCGUAGCCGGGGCUGGCGCUGCCGGGGUUGCGCCGGGCAGUGGCGGCGGUGAAGACGGCAGGGAAGGGGGUCAAAGCCCUGCCGAGGCAGACCGGCUGAGUGGUGAUGGGGUUGGGGAUGGGGAGUUGUCGCGACGUAACAGCAGCGGCUCUGGAAGCGGCGGCGCCGGGGGCGGUCGCGAGGGAAGCGGCUGUGAAGGAAGACCUGAAGGCCCCUCCAGUGCGGAAGGCUGGCGAGCAGGUCACGCGACUGCUGAUGUCGCGACCACAGCCGCCGCCACAACAACAACCGCAGCUGCUGACCCGCAUGCUGUUGCGGAUGCUGCCGGCGGGAGCGCUGGCGGCGCCGAGGGCGGUGGUCGGCAUCCGGAUGACGAUGAUGCGGGGAUGUCGGCGGUGGAGAGGGAAGAGUGGCGCCGGCGACGGGCCGAGAUCGAGCGCCAGCGUGCUGAAGCGGCGGCUGAGCGCGAGGCGGCCCGGCGCGCUCGUCUCGCAGCUCAGGCUGCCUCGGGGGAGCUGGAGCGGCGCAUGAAGCAGCGCCUGGCGGACCACCACCAGCUGGCGUCGGCGGCGGCAGCGGAGGCGGCCGCCAAGGAGGGUAUCCGGACUCGGAUUCGAGACAGCCUGCAGGAGCGUCUGCGUAAGGCCCUUGACGAGCACAGCCUGUCGAGAUUGCUGAGGCAGCUGGAGGUGCUGCCAAAAGGCGCCACUUUGCGCACCGCGGAGCAGCGCAACAAGGCGCUCAAGACCGCCAAGAUUCGGUUCCACCCGGACAAAGUGACCGGGAGCCUGGAGGAACGCGUAUACGCAGAGGAGGUAUCGAAACUGCUCAACAGCUGGAAUUGGAACAAGUGA